AUGGCGGCCCCCUCUCACACUGUCACCGUCAUGGCGGCCCCUUCUCACACUGCCACCGUCAUGGCGGCCACUUCUCACACUGUCACCGUCAUGGCGGCCCCUUCUCACACUGUCACCGUCAUGGCGGCCCCUUCUCACACUGCCACCGUCAUGGCGGCCCCUUCUCACACUGUCACCGUCAUUGCGGCCCCCUCUCACAUUGCCACCGUCAUGGCGGCCCAAUCUCACAUUGUCACCGUAAUGGCGGCCCCUUCUCACAUUGUCACCGUCAUGGCGGCCCCUUCUCAAACUGUCACCGUCAUGGCGGCCCCCUCUCACAUUGCCACCGUCAUUGCGGCCCCAUCUCACAUUGUCACCGUCAUGGCGGCCCAAUCUCACAUUGUCACCGUCAUGGCGGCCCCAUCUCACAUUGUCACCGUCAUGGCGGCCCCUUCUCAAACUGUCACCGUCAUUGCGGCCCCCUCUCACAUUGCCACCGUCAUUGCGGCCCCCUCUCACAUUGCCACCAUCAUUGCGGCCCCAUCUCACAUUGUCACCGUCAUGGCGGCCCCUUCUCACAUUGUCACCGUCAUGGCGGCCCCUUCUCACUCUGUCACCGUCAUUGUGGCCCCGUCUCAUAUUGUCACCGUCAUGGCGGCCCCAUCUCACAUUGUCACCGUCAUGGCGGCCCCUGCUCACACUGUCAGCAGAAUGUUACCUUUGAUAGAACUUUGA